ACGACCUUGAAGGAAAUGGCACGCGAAACACAUAUAACUCAUAGCAAGCAAAAUUAGCGGGAAAAGUUAAUGUCUAGCAAUCAUCAAUUACAUUGUUUGUGGAAAUGAGAAGAAGUAUCUUGGUCAUAGAAGUCCCGGGACGUCCAGCCAUGGAAGACAAUCAUCACGACGCCUAUCUCUCGACCCCGGAGAAGUCUUCCGUUUACACUCCUCCAUGCUUGGGAUUGGAUUGGAUUUUAUCUUCUCAAGCAUGCCCGAGAAGUUUAUCCGUCACAAUGACGGCUCAUAAGUGUGUCAUGAUCAUUCAAUUCCGGGAAGAGCACACGCCUCAUAUGCAACAUUUUGUUCAAUGACAUAUAACGAUCAUCAUGAAUGCAUCUAGCACGGAAUACUGCUCAAGUAUUUGUACGUUACGAUUCCCUUACUGCUUCAUCUCUACGGCACAUUCGCUUUUUCAGUCCCCGCCCUUCUGUCAACAUUGGUUGACAUUAAGAAUGACUCCUGCGAUGAGUUUGAUUACUCUGGCUGUUGUCUCCUGGAGCCUGGUCUAUGGAGUGACGGCUGGUGUUAUAUCUUCAGGAUGGACACCGACAAUAUCAGAAGUAACCACCAGCCCACGCCCUAGUCCAUCCCGCCCAGGGCCAUGCUCUCCAUGCCCUCAAUCCUCCUCAUGUCCUGUCGCCACCAUAGUGACCGUCACUGUGACUGCAACGGCAUGUGUCCCGACAACCACUCCUAGUGGCGGUGGAGGUGUAACUCAACCUCAUCCUUCCCCGUCUUUCCCAGUGCCGCCCGGCACACCAGGAGCUGGAGCUAGUCAAACAAGUGGUGGUCAACCAGGUCCAAGUCCAGGGCCAAGUCCAGGUCCAGGGGGAGGUCCAAGUCAAGGUCCUGGGCCAGGUCCAGGGCCCGGUCCCAGUCAACCAGGUCAAUCCCCAUGCCCAACCAUCCCCGUGGGACCCGGAGGUCCGUCAGCAUCGACCACUGUGCAUGUUCCAACCAUACCCUCCUCAGUGCAGCCUCAGCCUACCAGCUCCCUCCCUACAACCAUCUCCCCCGUUCAUCCACCUACAAGCACCCCGGGGAAAACCAAGCCGGUCCCACCGAUCAGCACGCCGGUGCAACCUCCACCCAGUGUGCAUCCAACUACCGAACCUGUUCCUUCUCUACCAAGUACCCCAGGAGCAACCCAGCCAGUCCCACCAGGCACACCAGUUCAACCUCCACCAAGUGUGCACCCAACUACCCUACCAGUACCUCCAGGAAGCACCCUGGGGGGAACUAAGCCUACACCACCACUGAGCACUCCAGUCCAGCCUCCGCCCAGCGAGAAACCUUCACCAAGCACUCCAGGAGAGACUAAACCGGUACCACCAGGCACACCAGUCCAGCCUCCACCAAGUAUACACCCAACUACUCUACCAGUUCCUCCGUCAAGCACCCCGGGGAAGACUAAGCCUACGCCACCAGGUACUCCAGUCCAACCCCCGCCCAGCGAGAAACCUUCCCCAAGCACUCCAGCAGAAACCAAACCGGCACCAAGCACGCCAAUCGAACCUCCACCCAGUGUACACCCAACUACCCAACCUGUUCCUCCGCCAGAAACCCCGGGGAAAACCAAGCCACUCCCGCCACCAAGCACCUCCGGGAAAACUAAGCCGGCGCCGCCACCAGGUACUACUCCAGUCCAACCUCCAACAAGCACCCCGGAAGAGACUAAACCGGCGCCAUCAACACCCGUUCAACCUCCAACAACUGAGCAUCCAACCACCAAACCAGGCCCUCCUCCAACCAGUAUCCCCACCCAGCCACCAACGGAGACCCCAACUGGUUCACCUCCCGGUCCUCCGGUACCCACCGCUUCACCAUCUGGCAGUAUCAUACCGACUCAACCCUCGUCUUCAGAGGAAGGAGUGAAGCCAACGACGACUGUACCAAGCGUCCCUCCCACAGAAACUCCUCCUGAGGAUGACCCCCCCGGUGAUGACCCUCCUGGCGAUGACUCCCCUCCUAAAACUACUCUUGUAAAGAGGGCAUAUCCCCGUUGGCAUCCGAAGAAGGGAAAGCAUUGGAAUUUCACUAAGCCUGAGGCGGGUAAGCCCAAGAAACCUGGUAGGCCUUUUGAGCCGCACUAUGAUGAGGACGAAGAUGAGGACUGAAAAAUUGUAAGGUAUUGAUUGUAUUGAGGAAUUAAUUGUUUUCUUAUUGGAAGUAUCUAGGUGGACCAGAUAUGCAGGC